CGAGGGCUUGACCGCCCGCGUCCGCGCCGCGCCCGGGGCAGAGCUCAGAACAGGAGAGGGGAGGGGGCGCCACCGCUGGCCCGGCCCUCCGGCCACCCACCCCUCCCGACAUGUCGCGCUCCUUCUAUGUCGACUCGCUCAUCAUCAAGGACUCCUCGCGGCCCGCGCCCUCGCUGCCUGAGCCGCACCCCGGGCCAGAUUUCUUCAUCCCGCUGGGCAUGCCGUCCCCGCUGGUGAUGUCGGUGUCUGGGCCCGCCUGCCCGUCCCGCAAGAGUGGCGCGUUCUGCGUUUGCCCACUCUGCGUCACUUCGCACCUGCACUCCUCUCGCGGGCCCGCCGGCUCCGGCGGCGGGGGCGCAGCCACGGGGAGUGCAGGGGCCGGGGGUAGUGGGGCCCCGGGGGGCGCCGGCGCCCUGCCCCUGGUCAAGGGUCAGUUCUCUUCGGGUCCCGGGGACGCGCAGUUUUGCCCACGCGUGAGCCACGCGCACCAUCAUCACCACCCGCCGCAGCACCACCAUCACCACCAUCAGCCCCAGCAGCCGGGCUCUGCCGCUGCGGCGGCGGCCGCGGCAGCCGCGGCGGCGGCCGCGGCGGCCUUGGGACACCCUCAGCACCACGCACCUGUCUGCGCCGCCACCACCUACAACGUGGGGGACCCGCGGAGAUUCCACUGCCUCACCAUGGGGGGCUCGGACGCCAGCCAGGUACCCAAUGGCAAGAGGAUGAGGACGGCGUUCACCAGCACGCAGCUCCUGGAGCUGGAGCGGGAAUUCUCUUCCAACAUGUACCUGUCUCGACUCCGGAGGAUCGAAAUCGCGACAUACCUGAACCUGUCAGAGAAGCAGGUGAAAAUCUGGUUUCAGAACCGCCGGGUGAAGCAUAAGAAAGAAGGGAAGGGUACACAGAGGAACAGUCACGCGGGCUGCAAGUGUGUCGGCAGCCAGGCGCACUACGCGCGCUCCGAGGAUGAGGACUCCUUGUCGCCGGCCUCGGCCAACGAUGACAAGGAGAUUUCUCCCUUAUGAAGGAGGGCCGCCUCCCUCUCACCACACGCUCCUGGCAGCCCCCACAACACCAACGCGGCGGACACCCAGGGGCCCAAAUCCUCGCCCAUUCUGUGGUCCCAUCUGCAGAAGGACGGAGCUGAGCAUUCUGCGGGCAUACGUGCCCAGCCUGACCCUUCAAGUCUCCUCCUUGACCUAUUUGUUUGAAGCUACACUCAAAGUUAUAGGUCAUUUUUUUAAAUGUAAAUAAUCUAGAUUCAACUCAGCCUUGUCAUAUAACAGAGAAAAAAACAACAUGGUUGGCUUAAGUUUAGCACUGUAUGUGGGAUUUUGAAAGCGCAUGUCAUUUCCCCCUUCCCUACUGUCUUUCAGAACCUAAGAAGAACACGGGGUUUCUGGAUUAUUUUCUGUUGUUGUUUUUUAAAUGAAAGUAUUGAACUGCAAAUAAUUUAGAAAAUUAAACCCUGUAGGUCUCGUUUUCUGAAAAUUUGCCUGGGGAGAGAUUGGAACUCAAGUUGCGAAGUCCCUUUGUAUGUGAAUAGUUUUAUAUAAAGUUUAUAUUUAUAUUUAUUUAAAUAAA